AUGCUUUAGGAAGGAGUGAAAAACUUCAAGGAACUUCGAGCCAAAUUUCAAAAGUUUGAUGCUCCAACUCUUCCAGGACCUAUUAAAUUCCCAGCAGGUGACUCUCAAAAAGAUGAGGUGGUAUGCACACGGCCAAUUCCGAUCCUGGCCAAGGGGAAACCCCUCUCUUCCAACCAUAAUCAGCCCCUACCAUAUUCUUGCAAUGGUGAGUCCCUACCUCAGAAAACCAAGGUGACCCAGAGGAGUGAAAUUCGGAAGAGUUCAAGUUCCCCAGGACCUCUAGCAAAGUCUACUGUGUGUUCCACAGGAAACUUCCAGAAGGCCUCUGUGCUGUUGGAUGUGACUGGAUCAAAGGCCGAGGUAACCCCCAAGGAGAGAGUGGUGGCCUCCAGCAGCUUCAGAGACAAGCUCAGGAACUGGGAGAAGGUUUCCUCUCAGAGAAACGAGACCUCGUCUGCCCUUCCCCUCUCUGAUUGUGGAGGGAAGGCCUUCCAUUUGGAAGGGCAAAAAAGCAUGGGGCUUGCCCCAGAGAAGCCCAGGAAAAAGCUGGAAACCAAAGGAGCCCAGACCCUUCCUUCUCAGAGGCACUUGACGGCCCAAAGAAAAUCACUCACCAUCUCUGAAGACCCCUCUUCUCUACUUUCUCCACGCAGCAGGAAGAGCCAGGAAAUCUCCAGUCCUGAGAGGGGCCUGGCAGGCAGUACCUGCCAGGCUAUUUACGAGUGUGAGCUUGACAGCCAGACCCCAGAAAAGCAGCUGGAUAUCAGGCAAAACCAGUUUCCCAAAACGAAACCACUGCCUUCCAUUGAGUCCCUGGGUCCUCCUCCCGCCAAGCCACCAAAGCCCCYGAGUGUGAACCUCCAGGCUUUCCAGAGGCAGCCAGCUUCUAUUGCUAAGACCCAAAAUGAAGUGACCAUAAAAGAGGACUGCCCACCUCCAGAGAGAGCAUUUAAUGCUGAAUUUGAAGAACCACAUAAUUAUGAGGCAACAAUUUCAUAUCGGAGACACUCUGGCAACUCCAUUAACCUGUGCACUGCAAUAGAAAUUGCUGAUUCAACUUAUGAAGUUGAAAUUGAAGAACUCCAAAAGCCUUGGAAGAGUUUUCUCCAUCAAGAACUUAGCCCUAAACAUGAAAAUCCAGAUAGAAGAAUGAAGGAAAAAGGGCCAUGUGAUUUGGAGCCUCAAACAACAGAAAAGGAUCCACAUACAAACGGUCCUUCCAAGGUAGAUGUCUGCAAAUGGACACCUGCAAAAAUCCAGAUGACCAGAGUCCAUGGAGGCCGAAGGAGCAUGCCAGAUGGGAAACAGGAAACCCUGACUGACAUCCUCCAGACAAAGGUCUGCCUGGAGGACAUGAAGCUAGCAAGUGGUGGGUACAUGGAAGAUUUGGAGGUGACUAAAGAAACCUCAGGCCCAGAAGCCUUUAAGUCAAGUUCCCUCCCAGAGGAGACCUAUGAUGAUGUGGAGUACCCUAGGACAGAUGGACCAAAGUUGGACUUCUCAGACAGUGAAGAAAAUAGUGAAGAAAUGUAUGAAGAUAUCUACAAAACAAAAAGCAACUACCCCAAAAUAGAUGGAUGUGAAGUUCUUCGGGACGGUUCUGUUUUCCUAACAGGUGGGUACAUGGAAGAUUUGGAGGUGACUAAAGAAACCUCAGGCCCAGAAGCCUUUAAGUCAAGUUCCCUCCCAGAGGAGACCUAUGAUGAUGUGGAGUACCCUAGGACAGAUGGACCAAAGUUGGACUUCUCAGACAGUGAAGAAAAUAGUGAAGAAAUGUAUGAAGAUAUCUACAAAACAAAAAGCAACUACCCCAAAAUAGAUUUAGAUGGAAAAGAAGCCCUUAAAAGACUGCAGCAAUUCUUCAGAAAGGAAAAAGGUAGAUUUAAAAUGAAGAAAACCAAGUCAAAAGAAAAUGCAAGUGCAUUUUCCAUUUCGCUGCCUGAUUUAGAACUUAGGUCUCAGGAAGUUAUUAUCUAUGAUGAUGUGGACAUAAGUGAAAAAGAGUCAAAAGAUGAAGAUAAAAUAAAAACUUGGAAGCCCAAGUUUUUGGUAUCAAAGGGGAAAAAAGAUAAGAAAGGUGUUGAUGUAUCGGAAAGUUUCUCUCCUAGAAAAUUCUUCAGAACCAAGAUGCAAAACUUAGAAAAAAACAGAAUGGGAAAAGAAGAAAAACUUUUUAGAGAAAGAUUUCAGUAUGACAAAGAAAUUAUCGUCAUCAAUAGAGCAGUGGUAUGUUCCAGUAAUUCAAGAAAUGGAAUAUUUGAUUUGCCAAUAACACCUGGAGAAGAACUGGAAGUCAUUGACACCACUGAACAAAAUCUAGUGAUAUGUCGAAAUUCUAAAGGGAAAUAUGGAUAUGUACUCAUUGAACAUCUAGAUUUCAACCAAGACCUGUUGCAGAUGACACUGAAGAAGAGGAUGAGUGUGGUCUGUGAGCAAGAAGUGAGUGUGAGGAAACGUGGCUAUGCUGAGCAGAAACCUUUCAUGCAGUACUCCUGCUCAAAGAGAAGCCACUUCACCAAACAAUGA